AGGGGAGAUGCAGUUCAUCAUCACAGCCGGAGGCAAGUUCUAUUGGGGGCACUUUCUGGUUGAUUAUCUUGGAGAGAUCACGCGGCCUAAGACCUUCCCGGAGAUACUUCGUGCCGUUGGUGCUAAGGGAUUUGGAGGCCGACGAAUGAAGGCCCUGGAGCUGGUGUGGACCAACGAGGGGGAGGAGGAAGAGGAGGAGGAGGAGGAGGAAGAGGAGGGAGGACCCCGUUUGUUUGUCCCUGUUGACCCCGAUGCCCCUUGACCCCCAAUGCUCCUUCCUAAUGAAGCAGUCGAGGACUCCGCGCCCUCUUCUUUUACUGCCGC